AUGAUUUCAUCUUCCCGCCUGUUAAGGUUUCCCAGAAACACAUCUCAUCUCAAGCAAUCAAUCUCAAUUGCUAGAAUAAUGACGGCUACCGAAGCCCCUUCAUUCCCGUUCAAGCGUGCCUCUGGCCUCGAGCCGCCGGCUGAAUACGCUCGUCUGCGUGCCACAGACCCCGUCUCCCGAGUCAAGCUCUUUGAUGGCUCGGAGGCAUGGCUGGUUACAAAGUACAAGGACGUAUGUGCCGUUGCAACGGAUACUCGUCUUUCCAAGGAACGCAACAGGCCAGGUUUCCCUGAGCUCAGCGCCGGCGGCAAGGCAGCCGCCAAAAACAAGCCCACCUUUGUCGAUAUGGAUCCUCCGGCGCACAUGAGGCAGCGGAGCAUGGUCGAGCCGUUGUUCAUAACGGAGCACGUUGAGACCAUGAAGCCGUAUAUCCAAAAGACUAUCGAUCAGCUCCUUGACCAGAUGAUCCAGAAGGGGUGCGACGAGCCCGUUGAUCUGAUUGAAAACUUUGCCCUGCCCGUUCCGUCUUAUAUCAUCUACACCAUCCUCGGCGUCCCCUUCGAGGACCUCGAGUACCUCACACAGCAGAACGCUAUCCGCACCAAUGGAAGUGGAACAGCCCUUCAGGCACAAGCUGCAAACCAGGAACUCCUCGACUACCUCGCCAACCUGGUCGACAAGCGCUCCGAAGAGCCCAAGGACGACCUGAUCAGCAAGCUCGUCGUAGAGCAACUGAAGCCGGGCCACAUCGAAAUGUCAGACGCCGUGCAGAUUUCGUUCCUGCUUCUCGUUGCGGGUAACGCUACAAUGGUGAACAUGAUUGCCCUCGGCGUGAUCGAGCUUAUCCGUAACCCUUCCCAGCUGGAGGAACUCAAGGCCGACCCCUCCCUCGCCAAAGCAUUCGUCGAGGAGCUGUGCAGGUAUCAUACCGGCUCCUCUCUGGCGAUGAAGCGGGUGGCGAAGGAGGACAUCGUCUUGGGCGGCAAGACUAUCAAGGCAGGCGAAGGUAUCAUCGCCGCAAACCAAUCCGGCAAUCGUGAUGAGGAUGUCUUCCCCAACCCUGACGUCUUCGACUUGCACCGUACCCCGGACCCCAACCACGCUCUGGGUUUCGGCUUUGGUCCGCAUAGGUGUGUCGCUGAGCCACUUGCGCGCACUGAGAUGGAGCUCGUGUUUGCAACACUCUUCAAGAAGCUGCCCAAUCUGAAGAUUGCAGUACCCAUCCCCGAGUUGGAGUACACUCCCCUCCACAAGGACGUUGGAGUUGCGAAGCUGCCCGUGACAUGGUAA